AAAAUGGUUCUUUCUUCUUCGUUGGUCUUGUGCCAUGUUGGCGGAAGUAACUGCAAACACUAGCAGGUGUCUUCUUUUUCUUGCUUCUGUUCUUCCCGGUUUAUAAAAUUUAUCAUGAAUUUACCAAAGGGUCCCGAUUCUCUAUGCUUCGACAAGGACGUUUUUAUGAAGGAUGACUUUGACGUGGACCAGUUCGUGGCCGAGUGUCGGAAGCAGGUGCAGCUUGAGGAGAUGAGAGAGGACCUGGAGCUCUACUACAAGCUGCUGAAGACAGCCAUGGUGGAGCUCAUCAACAAGGACUAUGCUGACUUUGUCAACCUCUCCACCAAUCUGGUGGGGAUGGACAAAGUCCUCAAUCAGCUCUCUGUGCCACUAGGACAGCUACGGGAGGAGGUCAUGAGCCUUCGGUCGGGCGUCAGCGAAGUGAUACAAGCCAUAGACCUGCAGCUGUCCAAACAGGAAGACCUGCAGAAAAAAAAGGUUUGCGUCCUGAGGCUGAUCCAGGUGGUGCGCUCGGUGGAAAAGAUUGAGAAAAUCCUCAACUCACAAAACCCCAAAGAGUCCAACUCAUUGGAAAGCGACAGCCCCUUGUUAGCGGGUCAGAUCUUGGAGCGAAUCGCCACCGAGUUCAACCAGCUUCAGUUCCACGCCGUGCAGAGCAAAGGCAUGCCCCUGCUGGACAAAGUCAGACCCCGCAUCGCAGGCAUCACGUCCAUGCUGCAGCAGUCGCUGGAGGGUCUGCUCAUGGAGGGACUCCGGACGUCCAGUGUGGACAUGGUGCGCCACUGCCUCAGGACCUACGCCACCAUUGACAAGACGCGAGACGCCGAGGCGCUGGUGGGACAAGUUCUGGUCAAGCCCUUCAUGGAUCAGGUGAUUGUGGAGGAGGUGGUCAAAUCCAGUCCCGACGGUCUUCAGGUGAUGUACUCGAGGCUGCUGGAGUUUGUUCCUCAUCACUGCAGACUCCUGAGAGAAGUGACCGGAGGAGCCAUAUCCAGCGACAAAGCCGACAUUGUUCCCGGCUACGACUUCCUGGUCAACUCGGUGUGGCCCGAGAUGGUGAAAGGCAUCGAGGAGCGGCUGUCUUACCUCUUCAACCCGGGAAACCCCGACAUUUUCUACCAGCGUUACUGCGCCAGCACCGAGUUCGUGCGGCGCUUUGAGCGCCAGUGCAGCUCGCAGGCCUGCGUGAAGCGACUCCGAGCGCACCCGUCGUACGCGGCCUUCCGCAAUAAAUGGAACCUGCCCGUCUACUUUCAGCUGAGGUACAAGGAGAUAGCGGGAAGCUUGGAGAACGCCUUCAGUGACGGCUUGCGGGCGGCGCCGGCCGGCGGCGCGUACCACCUGCAGGCGACGGCGUCGUUGUGGUCUUGCCUGGUGCGCUGCUGGUCCGACCAAGUCUACCUGCCGCCGCUGGCUCAUCGCUUCUGGAAGCUCACGCUGCAGCUCUACUCGCGAUACGCCACCUUCCUGAACGAGGCGCUGAGCAAGACCACUGCGCCCGAGGCGAGCAAAGAGCCCAGCAGGCCCCUCCCCAGCUCGGCGUCGUCCACCUCCAGCAGGACGUCCGUCGAGGAGACGGGCAGCGAGAGCGGGAGUCCCGCCUCGCUGUCCACCAAACAGCUGGUCCACAUCGCCGCCGACGUCCAGAAAUUGCAGGAGCAGUUCCCGCAAGUGUCCGAAAUGGUCAGACAGCGACUACAAGCCAUCGGCUUCACAAAUUUUCUCCUCGUGGAAGAGGCCUUAGCGGACUCCAAGGCGGGCCUCUCCGCUAGCAUCUGCGCCCUCAGCUCCCGCAUGACCCAACACCUGAGCGAGCGCAGCUGCCGCUUCCUGAAGAGCGCCUCCGAGGUGCCCCGACUCUACCGCAGGACCAAUAAGGAGGUGCCCGCGAGAGCGUCGGCGUACAUGGACAACGCCUUGCGGCCGUUACAUCAGCUGCUGAGCGACUCGUCGGGCCUGGUGGACGCGGCCACGGCGCGCCGUUGGCUGACGGCCACGCUUUCGGAAUGCACGCAGAGGUACUACGAGACCAUUUCUGAGGUUCUGAGCUCGGUGCGAAAGAUGGAAGAGAGUCUGAAGCGACUGAAGCAAGCCAGGAAGGGAGCCGCCGGCGCCGCUGCCGUUGGUGGUGCCGUCGCUAACGGCGGCCCGUCGGACGACGCCAAGAUCCGCCUUCAGCUGGCUCUGGAUGUGGAGUACUUGGCGGAACAGAUGGAGCGGAUGGGCGUGGAGCCUGCGGACGUGCCCGCGUUGUCCAGCCUCCUGGAGCUGGUGAAGGAGGCCCGAGAGCUCUCCGAACACAACGUGUGAAAGCGCGCCGACGCCGUACCCAAAAAAGGAGACGACUUGGGGAGAGGGUGGACGACGCAAAGCUCGAUUGGACGCGCCUUCCUCAAUCAGGUUGCGUCACGUGAGCGGAAGCGCGAGCGGCGUCCGUUUUGCGCGCGGGGCGCUCGAUGCAAACGAGCCGACCGACUGCUCGCUUUGCAUCAUGCAAAUGGAAUUUUUCAGCGGCAUAUUGAAAAUCUAUUUGUGAGCCGAGAGCGGAAUGUUGCGGGGUUUCCAAGCCCCCAAGCGACUCGUUAUUAUACAAAUGGACAAAAAAAAGCAUGGGGGUGGGGGUUCAACAUGGCACGUGCGGACUGGCAUUCGCUUUGAAAUAGAAUCUUGAUGUCAAACACGAAGGCAACUUGGAAAACGCCGAACCGCGGUUAAAAUCCGACUCUUGCUGCGGCGGCCAUUUUGGUUUGGUUGUUGUUGUUCAGCUGGUGCCACUCGGCUUGAUUGGCUCCAAAAGGCCCAAGUCAACCCGCACGCGUUGGGUUGCUGCAGGGACCUUUUGCUUCGGCUUCUUUUCGUUUUGGAGUGGUUAGUCUUGUCUACGUUAUUGUACCUUUUUUUGUUUUGUUUUUGGAAAUAAAUUAAAGAUAAUUUUCUGUC